AUGGCCGCCAUUGUUGCAUCUUUGGGCACCAACUUCGCGUCUUCUUCUUCUUCUUCUGUCUCGUAUUCCCUUCGUUCUUCUUCCUUUAUUCUCACCAAACUAACCCAUUUCUAUCGCCCUUAUUCCUCUGCCUCUCUUCGCGUUUCUUUUGCUUUUGCUCCCUUCUGUUCUCGUAGAGGGAAGUUCAUGGCUCACUCUCUGGCCCGGGCCAAUCUGGGCCUCACAAAUCCUGCUCUGAGUGAGCCCCCCCAGAUAUCUUUUGGGGCAAAAGACAUCGAUGUCUUGGAAUGGAAAGGAGACUUGCUUGCAGUGGGAGUGACGGAGAAAGAUGUGGAGAAGGAUGAAAACUCCAAGUUUAAGAAUCCGAUUUUGAACAAGAUGGAUUCGCGCUUGGGUGGAUUGCUGUCUGAAGCCUCUGCGGAGGAAGAUUUCACCGGGAAGGCUGGCCAAUCAACGGUUCUGAAACUUCUUGGUCUUGGCACUAAGAGGGUUGGUUUGAUUGGCCUUGGGCAAUCGGCUUUGACUGUAUCAGCCUUUCGAGGUUUAGGUGAGGCUGUUGCAUCAGCAGCGAAAGCAUCUCAAGCUAAGGAAGUUGCUAUAUCUCUUGCCUCUGCGGGGGAGCACUCUACUGAAUCUAAGCCUAACAUUGCCUCAGCCAUUGCAUCCGGGACUAUACUUGGGAUAUUUGACGACAAUAGAUAUAAAUCAGAGUCCAAAAAGUCUGCACUUAAAUCUGUGGAAAUUAUUGGCCUUGGAUCUGGACCUGAAGUGGAUAAAAAGCUGAAGUAUGCCCAAAAUGUCAGUUCUGGGGUACUUCUAGGAAGAGAACUUGUAAACUCACCUGCAAAUGUACUUACCCCAGGGGCACUGGCAGAAGAGGCUACAAAGAUUGCAUCAAGCUACAGCGAUGUUCUUUCUGCAACCAUUUUAAAUGAAGAUCAAUGCAAAGAAUUGAAUAUGGGCUCCUAUCUUGGUGUUGCUGCAGCCUCCACAAAUCCUCCCCAUUUUAUCCACUUGCGUUACAAACCGCCCAGUGGACCUGUAUCAGUCAAAUUGGGUUUAGUCGGGAAAGGAUUGACCUUCGACAGUGGUGGCUACAACAUUAAAACAGGACCCGGAUGUUCGAUUGAAAUUAUGAAAACUGACAUGGGAGGUUCAGCGGCAGUUCUUGGUGCAGCAAAGGCCAUUGGCCAAAUCAAGCCUCUUGGAGUGGAGGUUCAUUUUGUUAUUGCUGCCUGUGAGAACAUGAUAAGUGGAACUGGAAUGAGACCUGGGGAUAUUAUCACAGCUUCAAAUGGAAAGACGAUUGAGGUUAAUAACACUGAUGCUGAAGGCAGACUUACUCUUGCUGAUGCUUUGGUAUAUACUUGUAAGCAGGGUGUUGAUAAGGUAAUUGACUUAGCUACUCUAACUGGUGCUUGUAUAGUUGCUCUCGGGCCUUCAAUUGCAGGUGUCUUCACGCCCAGUGAUGACCUGGCAAAAGAGGUAUUUGCUGCUUCAGAAACCAGUGGUGAGAAAUUUUGGAGGAUGCCAUUGGAGGAUAGUUAUUGGGAGUCAAUGAAGUCGAGUGUGGCUGAUAUGGUCAACACAGGCGGUCGACCGGGUGGUGCUAUUACAGCUGCUCUGUUUCUGAAACAGUUUGUUGAUGAGAAGGUCCAAUGGAUGCACAUUGACGUGGCUGGCCCCGUCUUCAACGACAAGAAGCGCACUGCAACGGGGUUCGGUGUCGCCACACUAGUCGAGUGGGUUUUGAAGAACGCUUCUUAAGCAAUCAAAGGGUGGUAGAGUGAGACCUCGACUUAUAUCAACGGCUCUAAGGUGUGGAUGCUAAGAGUUCUCAUGGGUUGCCAGCAUUGUGAGAUCAAUCUAAAUAAAACUUGUGUGAAGCAUCGGUUGUUUUGAUGCUUUUAGUGGUGAUCUUGAUCCUUUAGCUGGAUUGGUGGAUGUUUCAUAUGAUUUACAAACUAGUAUCCAAAGUUUUACUUUCCUUUUUACUCUGUUGUGAUUCUUUUUCUCAUCUUGAGUUGUGUGCCUUGCUUUCUACA